UUAUACUACCACCAAUUACCCCACAUAUUCCACUAAAUUUCGUGCAGGUCUAUUUCUUGGUCCUCUUUAACUAAUAAUUUGGUAGUAGUACUACUAUAUACUAUAUAUGAUGGGAGUAAUCCACUAGCAAUAACACCCCAUUUCCAUCUCUGUGUAAAGGAAGAAGAAGAAGAAAGAAAAAUGGAAAAAGCUAUUGAAAGGCAGAGAGUUCUAUUGGAGCACCUUCAGCCCAUUCGUUCUUCUUCUCAUCACACUCAUGAUCAGUCUUCUUCUCUCACUCCAUCAAUUUGUUUAGCUGGUGACAGUGCUGCAUAUCGAAGGACGGCUGCUUUUGAUGAUGAUGUUGUCAUUGUUGCAGCUUACCGUACUGCUAUUUGUAAAGCGAAACGUGGAGGUUUUAAAGACACCCUAGCAGAUGAUUUACUUGCUCCAGUUCUGAAGGCAGUAGUAGAGAAAACCAACCUGAGUCCGAAUGAGGUGGGAGAUAUUGUUGUUGGUACGGUUCUGGCACCAGGCUCUCUAAGAGCAAUGGAGUGCCGGAUGGCUGCAUUUUAUGCAGGUUUCCCAGAAACUGUGCCAAUCAGAACUGUGAACAGGCAAUGUUCUUCUGGCCUCCAGGCUGUUGCUGAUGUAGCUGCAUCAAUAAAAGCAGGAUUCUAUGACAUAGGCAUUGGUGCUGGACUAGAGUUAAUGACAGUUGACAAUAUUGGAAGAGUUCAACAAGUUAAUCCGAAAGUAGAUGCUUUUGCACAAGCCCGUGACUGCCUUCUUCCUAUGGGCAUUACUUCUGAGAAUGUCGCACAACGAUUUGGAGUGACACGGCUAGAACAAGACCAGGCUGCUGUUAUUUCUCACCAGCGAGCUGCUGCAGCAACUGCAUCUGGAAAGUUCAAAGAUGAGAUUAUCCCAGUAUUGACAAAGAUCGUGGACCCACAAACUCGAAGGGAGAAGCCCGUUGUGAUUUCUGUAGAUGAUGGCAUUCGGCCAAACACAAAUUUGACAAACCUGGCAAAGCUGAAACCUGCAUUCAAAAGCGACGGAACCACAACUGCAGGGACUGCUAGCCAGGUCAGUGAUGGUGCGGCUGCAGUGCUUCUUAUGAAGAGAAGUGUAGCUAUGCAGAAGGGACUUCCAAUUCUUGGCGUAUUCAGGAGCUUUGCUGCUGUUGGUGUGGAUCCUGCUGUAAUGGGAAUUGGCCCAGCCGUUGCGAUACCAGCUGCUGUUAAGUCUGCUGGUCUUGAGCUUGACAAUAUUGACCUGUUUGAAAUAAACGAGGCAUUUGCAUCCCAGUUUGUGUAUUGCCGCAAGAAACUCAAUCUUGACUCUGAAAAGGUUAAUGUGAAUGGAGGGGCAAUGGCUCUUGGGCAUCCUCUGGGUGCUACAGGUGCACGUUGCGUGGCAACUCUGCUUCAUGAGAUGAAGCGUCGUGGCAAAGACUGCCGCUUUGGUGUGAUUUCCAUGUGCAUAGGUUCUGGGAUGGGGGCUGCUGCAGUGUUUGAAAGAGGGGAUGCUGUAGACGACUUAUGCAAUGCUCGGGUCAACAAUAACAACAAUUUCUUGUCCAAGGAUGCCAAAUGAGCACGCGAAUAAUAUCCAAAGUUUGGUUUUGUUUUUGAGAUAAGAGAAUGUGAUGCAGUAAUGUAAUACGUAAAGAGUAAACACAGCUGGAUUUUUUAAAUUGAGAUCAAAAUGUAUCAUUUAUUGGAUUCAUGAGAUAAUAAAACGAGAGGAAAUGAACACAUGGUAGUUUUCGAAGUCGUAUGAA